GCAAGGGAGGCUGGUGUACCUUGGGGAAAGGCAGCAGGAAACAUUGAAUGAUUUCUGCAGAAUUCCAGGCUCCUACCUGUGGUCAAUGUGACAACUUAAUGGCUUGCACAAGAUGGGAUGCUGCCACCGAAAUAGCAGCAGUAGUGUUUACUCCCUAUUACGCCAGAUGGUGCUGUUGCGCUCAGCCCUCCUCCUGUUGCCUCUUCCAGGGGAGCAGGCUCGCAGCAGGUGGUGCUGGCACUCAUAGAGCAGCAGUCAGCUUGGAGGAGGCUUAGCUGUUGAGCUGCAUUUUUUUCAGUCACUAGGGAGAUAACCAGUUUCCUAAAAGAAAGAAAAACAUCUUUUUCUGGAGUGAUGUUUCUCAUUUGGAAAGAAAUUUUGAUGGAAACCUUAUUGGGCUACAUUUCCUGGUCACUCUACCAUGCUCUUCCACCCAUGAUAUAUUACUUUCCUCUACAAAUAUUGGCACUUAGUGGUUUGGAAGCUUUUGCUGUUGCUUUCUUUUCUCCAGUAUUAUUAAUAAUCAGUCCUUUAUGGAAACUGGCGAACAACAAGUACAUCCUAGCUUUGCUAAGGCUGACUAUGGUUGGAAGUGUAGCUUCAUACCAAGCUCCAAAUGCUACACUCCGAAUACUGAUCUUGGCUCCAGGUGUUUGUUCCUCUCUCGUGGUUCAAACAGUAACAUGGUGGUCAGGAAACAAUUUACAAAGGUACAACAGGAUCUGGGGAUUCAUACUAGGGAAGAUUCUUCUACUGGUGCUCCGAAUCUGGUAUACUUCACUAAACCCAAUCUGGAGCUGUCAGACUGCCAACACCAUCAUAUUGAUGUUGGGUUUCAUAGCAGCUGUGGAGCGAAUUUACGCAGGCACAGAUAGUUUGAAGCAAGAAGCAAACAAGACUGGUGAUGCAGCAAAAGAAACCAUUCCUAGAUCUAACUGGCUUUUGUCAGGAGCGGCUUUUGGCAGUCUGAUGUUCCUCACAUUAUGGAUUUUUGGAGAGGUCUCACUCGUUUCUAGGUGGGCUGUGAGUGGACAUCCAUACCCUGGGCCAGAUCCUAAUCCAUAUGGAGGUGCAGUUCUGUUGGGACUGGCCCAUGGAGUGAUGCUUUCCUUUUUGUCUUUGUCUUCUAUCACCAGUUUUGUUUGGUGUCUUACAGGCAUGGCAUCUGCAGCUGGUCUCCUUUACUUAAAGACCUGGGGUGCAGCUAUAGCAGGCAACAUUCUUGCUGUCUUUACCAUGUGUAUGUGGCCUCGACUGACUGGACGUUUUGUUAGCUGUCUGCAUCCUGGAAAAGCCAUGAGUACAGCCAUGUUUGUCUAUGUCCUAGAGAUAUUCUUUUGUGUGUGGUGCACAGCUUAUAAAUUUGUACCAGGAGGAAUUUAUGCUAGAGAGAGCUCCCACCUUCUUUUAGGAGUUGUCAUGUUGUUUGUUGGGCUAGAUGAACUUAUUGGCUCCAGGAAGAACCUUAAUUGUAUAUUUCAAGUUAAAAGUAGCCAUAAGCCACUAUUCAAACAAAGUGAAAAAUAUAUCAAACUAUUCUUAUGGCUGUUUGUUGGUGUGGGUUUGCUAGGAUUAGGACGGCGAUAUAAAGCUUAUGAGAAGAAAUUAGGCCAAGGGCCUUCAACAAGAGACUUCUCUGCUGCAAUCUGGCCUUUCAGGUUUGGAUAUGACAAUGAGGGGUGGCCAAACCUGGAAGGUUCAGCAAUUCUGCUUAAUCAAACAGGUGCAGAUUUUAUUACCAUUCUGGAGAGUGAUGCCUCUAAACCGUUCAUUGGGAACAUUGAUCCAACCAUGUGGUUAGGAGAAAAACUGGGUUUUUACACCGAUUUUGGUCCAAGCGCAAGGGAUCACACGUGGGGGAUUAUGGCUCUAUCAAGAUACCCAAUUGUGAAAUCCAGCCAUCACCUUCUCCCAUCCCCUGAGGGAGAGAUUGCACCAGCCAUCUCCAUGACUGUCAACUUCACUGGGAAACUGGUGGAUUUUGUUGUUGCUCACUUUGGAAAUGAAGAAGAUGACUUGGACAGGAAGCUCCAGGCUAUUGCUGUUUCAAACCUGUUGAAGAAUAGCUCUCAACAGCUUGUAUUUCUAGGAUAUAUCACUUCAGCUCCUGGAUCCAGAGAUUACAUAGAACUAAUUGAAAAUGGCAAUGUUAAGGAUAUUGACCGUACGGAUAAUGACAGGUGGUGUGAUUAUAUCAUGUAUCGUGGACUAAUAAGGUUGGGUUAUGCCCGCAUUUCUCAUGCUGGCCUGAGUGAUUCAGAAGUUCAGAUGGCCAAAUUUAGGAUCCCAGAUGACUUGGAUAAUUAUGUUGACAAUGACGAAAUCAUCACUGACCCUAGCCAAGUUCCUGAGGACAUCCAUUUCAACCCAAGGUUUGGAUCCUACAAAGAUGGACAUAACUACGAACAUAUUCAUCAUUUUCAUAUGAGUACUCCCAAGUAUUUUAAACAGACUAGAAUGAGGAAAUAACACAUCAAUGUGACCAGAAAGUGAGGUCUGUAGAUUUAAAUCAAACUGCCAGCCAACCAAAACUACACCUUUUAGAGACUGAGUAUCUUCCAGGCUACAUAAUAUUGUCAAUGUCUUGCAAUAUGUGAUGACUAAUAACUUAUGCAAUUGUAAAACCUUUUCUUUAAGGUUCACUCUCUUCAUUUUUUAAAGAAAGAAAUUACCAAUCAAAAUAGUAAUUAAUGUGGGAGGGAGGGAAGGUUUUAUUAGGGUACACCCAGACUACCCGCCGGAUCGGCGG